GGUGCCCUGUCAACGUUUUCAUCUACCAAUUACAAACACACACUCUCUUUUCGUUUCUUCGUCGAAGAGCUUCUUCUCCUCACUCUGCUCAAGCCACGAGCAACAUCGAUCAAUGGCUCCUACUAAAGUUUACAUUGUUUACUAUUCCAUGUACGGCCAUGUUGAGAAGUUAGCCGAAGAGAUUAAAAAGGGGGCUGCUUCCGUGGAAGGAGUAGAAGCAAAACUCUGGCAGGUACCUGAAACACUACCUGAAGAGGUACUUGGGAAGAUGGGAGCACCUCCGAAGAGUGAUGUGCCAAUUAUUACACCCAAUGAGCUACCUGAGGCUGAUGGUUUAUUGCUUGGAUUCCCAACGAGAUUUGGACUCAUGGCUGCUCAGUUUAAGGCAUUCUUGGAUGCAACUGGAGGCCUAUGGCGUACACAGGCACUAGCAGGAAAGCCUGCCGGAAUCUUUUACAGCACCGGUUCUCAAGGAGGCGGACAGGAGACCACCCCAUUGACAUCCAUUACUCAGCUCGUUCAUCAUGGGAUGAUCUUUGUGCCGAUUGGAUACACAUUUGGUGCUGGGAUGUUUGAGAUGGAGAAGGUGAAGGGUGGCUCCCCAUAUGGUGCUGGUACCUUUGCCGGGGACGGCUCCAGACAGCCAACUGAGUUGGAAUUGGCUCAGGCUUUCCAUCAGGGGAAGUACUUUGCUGAGAUUGCCAAGAAGCUAAAGGGAUCUCAGUGACUUUCUAUUCUCCAUUCAUCUCCCAUUUGAUAUGUUUUAUACUUGAGCAAAAGAGUGUUUGUGCAUCGUUCCGUAUCCAGAAUUGUCAUACAUAGAAUAAGUUGCUAGUGAAAAAGGAGAAAAAGCAGGGGAGAGAAAUAAUUGUUGCUUUAUGUCUAUUACAGUUGUUACCACUCUUCGUAUUGUAUCCCUAAAUAUAGUGUUAUUGUCAUUGACAAUUUGGCAAUUGUUACUAUUUUACAUGAUUUUAUCACAUGUUAGUUUUCAUUA